CCAAAAGAGAGAUCGAGAGAAAGCUCAUGAGUUCACCCAAACCUGAAAGGAGUUUCUUCUCUACCUCUCACGAUCUGCCAUGAUCUACUGUCCUGAGAAUGACAUAUCCUGCUGGUGUUCGAAAGUACCCUUCUGAUUGCGGCCAGAGGUGAGCAUCAUCGAAAUGGAGGAAGUUGCCAAAAGGAAGCACGAGGAGAUCGAGAGCAGCACUUGUCAUCUCAGUGCAGCUACAGUGGACACUUCUGGAUCAAGUAUUGGCCAGGAUAAGAAACCAAGACCAGAAAACGAUGGCAGCAAGCAGCCCGUGACGGUCACCCAUGGUGUAUUUGCGGAGAACAUCAUGGUAUGGCUAAUGCCUGCAAACGUCGCCGACCGAAAGGGUUUCUGGGGAAUUCCGAUCAAGCAACAUAUUGGAGUGAGUCGACGUGAUAUUCCUGAAGUCCAGUUCAAGAGUAUCAAGUUGGAAUUUCGAUUAGUUGCCCCAUCAGCUACUGAUGGAGUACUGCAUCUUUUGAUUGAGAACCGCACUAGAUGUUUUCAACACACAUACGCUGUAGCCAAAGACAACAUGCUUCUCAAACUAUCAAAUAUGCACCUGAUGCUGGUUGCGCCAACCAAAAGCGAGGCUUGGAUACAACUGCUGCAGGGGAAAGACUCCAAUGAGCUCAACUUGCCCGUCGAGAUAUAUGCCACGCGCUCUGCGUUUGUGAAUGCGGAUAAGUUGAACCAUGGCAGCUUUCACAAUCCUGGUCACAUCGUGCGCCCUUAUGCACUUAGCCGGUACAAUUUCAAUCCUCUGGCUUGCUAUUUCACACGUCUUGUUGACAACGCCCACAAGGAUAUACUGGACCGGUGUGAGCUACUGAACAAGCAAAAACUCACGCUGUUUUGUAAGAAUCCGGAAGGCGUCUAUACGUAUGUGUCGGACCUCAGCAAGGAAAGUGCAUCACCUGACCGGUAUCCAACAACAGAGGAGGUGCGCGCCCAGGAGCUGAACGAAACACAACAUCCUAACUUGCUUCCACGGCUACGCGGGUAUCAGCAACGCGCUGUGCGCUGGAUGCUUCAUCAAGAGCGCCAUGGCUCUGGCACUAGUGAUGCUGGAAGCAAUGGCGUCUUGCAUCCGCUGUGGAAAGAGUUCCGUUCCGAGAGUGGACAUACUCUUUACCUCAACCCGUACUCAUGGAGAAUGACCCGACAUCGUUUUCCUGCCUGGCAUAUGUCCGGAGGAAUCCUGGCCGAUGAGAUGGGCUUGGGUAAGACAGUGGAGGUGCUGGCAACUAUCCUGUGUAACCCGUAUACGUUAUCUGACCCUGUCAGCAGGCAGUCCAAAGCCACCACAGGAAGCUCUGCACAGGCUCUCGUGGCUCCAGGGCCGACUGUGAAUGGUGCAGCUACUUCUCAGCCUCCAACUCCAUCAGGGACUACAUCUGCCAUGUCUAUUGACCUCGCCAGCGAGUCCUGCACUAACGCCAGUACAACAUCGUUGAAGGACGUAACUAAUAUUGACGCACCAUCACACCCUCCUACGGCAAAGCCAUCAUCUUGUGCAUCCUGGAAAGCCAGCGAUGACACAGCGAAUGAGCAUGCGAACGCUGGUAACUGCUUGUGCAAUGAGAAGAUUGAGGAUUCGCAGGCAAACUGCUCCGAGCACGUCUUUUGUGUGCGCUGCAAUGGCUGGCAGCACAAAGCCUGUGUUUACUUCAAGACCAAGCUGCCCAACGGUGACUACAUCUGUCCACAGUGUUACGCAUCACGAGACCCGAUGCCAUGCAAAACAACAUUGAUCAUUUCUCCAUCGCAGAUCUCAGGCCAGUGGCUUGACGAGGUGAAGCUGCACAGUCGUCCUGGUACAUUCAAGUGGCUGAAUUACACUGGCGUUGCGAACGGCUACCUGAAUCCGAGUGAGCUGGCAGAAUAUGAUAUCAUUGUCACCACGUAUCACGUCUUAACAUUGGACUUGUCACACGCUGUGCUCAAGUUUGGUCAAGACGACCGUCCAAGACGACACAAGCGCCGCUACAUUGCAAUGCCUAGUCCGCUCAUCGGUCUGAAAUUCUGGCGUAUCUGCCUGGAUGAAGCUCAAAUGGUGGAAAACACCAAUGCCAAGGCAGCUCAAAUGGCUAACAAACUAGCUGCAGUGCAUCGAUGGUGCGUAACAGGCACACCUAUCAAUCGAGGAUUGGAUGAUCUCUACGGCCUAUUGUACUUCCUGAAUGCCUGGCCAUACUGCGUGCAGGGCUGGUGGAAAGAUGCUGCGUACGAUCCGUAUUGCAAUGGCCACACUGACGCUAUGCAUGGCCUUCUGUCCAACGUCAUGUGGCGCACUGCCAAGAAGGAUGUUGAGCACGAGCUGGGCAUUCCAGAUCAAACUGUAUCCAUUGAGAUGAUCAAGUUCAAGCCAGUGGAACGCGAGUACUACCAACGACAGCUGGAAGACUGCUCCGAACAUUUGUACAGCAUCAUUAAGCGGCAUAAGCUGAAGAAUGUGCACCUGAGAGACCUGGAUCGGAGAACAACUGCUUCGUUGAUGCACCCGUUGCUUGCCUUGCGCCAGUCUUGCGAUCAUCCCCAGGCUGUUCGAACUGGCAACUGGGCACUUGUAAGAAGACAGCAACACCGCGAAGUUCUUUCCAUGAGUGAAGUGCUGGACCAGCUGAUUGCCAAAGCUUUGAAAGAGUGUAUUGAUGCCAACCAGGCUCAAAUCAUUGCUGUGAAUGGUGUAGCUGCUCUCUAUGCUGUCCAGGAAGAGUGGGAGAAUAGUGCCAAGUCCUAUGUCGCUUCAUUGCAGCUGGUUGAGGAGCGAGCGUCACUAGUGGCCACUGACACUGUCCUGAGACUGCAUGCCACGUACAACCUGCAGGAUGUUAUUCGUCACUGCGACAAGCGACCAUCUGAUGUUCCAAGUGAUGAAAGUCUUGUGACGAUGGAGAAGGCACUUCGCAGCCACUACAUGAUGCGCUGUGAAGAAGCCGUUAGUGCUACGGACCAAUCGCGAGUUAGCGAAGUCAACUGGGAUCCGUACAAGAAAGUGCACAAGUUCCCUACCUGGCACCGUAUUCUUAUCGAUGAACUGGUCUCUGCUGAUGUUGGAUACUAUGUUGUAAACAAGUGUUUGCAGGCUGUUUCUCAAGACCAUUUGGCAGCACAUCCGAUUGGCUUCGACGACAUCGGUACAUUGAAAGCAUAUCUAGCUGACAACCUGAAAAGGCUUGAGAAUGCCUGGCUGGCUGUGUAUACUGCUUGUGAGAUGCUGAGAUCCGACACAAGUGAGGAUACCGUAUCCGAGGCCAGAGACUGCCAUUUGCAACCAGCUGUUUGGAAAGAUGGCACACCCGGUGUUCAAGCACCAAGGUGUAGGUUCUGCAAGCUGGAUGAUCUGAUGUCGGUCUACGAGUCUGAGCUCUAUGUCAGCACUAUCAAUCUGAAUGCAGGUGCUGGGGGCGACGAUCAUGCCGUUCAGACCUGGGCCGACGGUCCCACUGAGUUGAUCAUCCGCUGUUUGCACCGACUGUGUCGUGACAAACAUGUCCGUGAUGGUCUUGUUGACAAACACUUCCAACAUUCACUGGAUGAGCUCGCCAAGGACGACUUUGCCGGACAGGCUCUUCUGCAAGCACAGCACGAACAGUUUAAACUUACUGCAACAGAGAAAGAUUUCUUCUGCGCAGAACUGUUGGAAACUGCCCAGUGCCAUGUGCAGCUGUUUGAACAGCGUAAGAAGGAGUUCAAGUGUUGUCGCAACAUGUGGAAGGCCAUGAGGGACCGUGUAGGUGCUCAAGAUGAGCUGCGAAUGGCUACCACCCGUAUCUAUGGUGUGGACUCUGCUGAGGUUGCUGAGAAGGACCCCUUUGCAGUACAUCGGCCGGCUGUGAAGUUAGAGAUUGGUCAGAUGGGUGCGGAGCGCGCUGCAGCGGACACCAAGUACAAGCGCGCUGUCGGACGUCUACUCUAUCUCCAGAACCUAUCAAAGGCGGACAACGGUAUGAACCAGGACACCUGCCCCAUCUGCUGCAAAGUAUUCGGCGUGGAGUGGCAAAUCUAUGCCUGUGGCCAUUGCUUUUGCAUGCAAUGUGUCGACUCGUUGCUCAUCGGGAAGAGCCGCACUAACGGCAAGGUGGCAUGCCCUAUGUGCCGCCUUGUGUCGCAAACAUCAGAGAUCAAAUGUGUCACUGUGCCACGCAAGGACACAACACUGGAGACCGGCAAUAUCAAGGGAGGACUGUCGUGCAAGUUGGCAGCAGUUGUACGAACAGUGAUGGACCUUUACAAAAAGGACAAGGCUGUCAAGUGUCUAAUCUUCUCUAACUGGAAUGAAGUACUGUCGCUGAUAUCUCACGGCCUAGCACUGAAUGGCAUCAAGCACGCCAGCCUCAUGGACAAAGCUGGUACAGCCUUGCAGACAACUCUGCGGACAUUUCGUCAGGACCCCAGUGUAACUGCACUCUGUCUUCACUUGCGAACUGCCGGUAAUGGAUUGAACUUGAUUGAAGCCACUCAUGUGCUGCUCGUUGAGCCGUCCCUCAAGCCUGCUUUGGAGAUGCAAGCCAUUGGCCGUGUGCACAGAGUUGGACAGACAAAGAAAACAUAUGUUCAUCGCUUUCUUGUUGAAGGCUCCGUAGAAGAGCGUCUCUACCAACUACUGGGCAACCAGAAAACAAGCUCUAGCUUGCUUGCCAGCCCAACAAAGAAGAGUAGUGGUGAGGACGAGUGUGCUGACAUGACAGUUGAUCAGCUACAACAGAUCAUGAAUCCAGACCUGCUGCCGGCACUCAACACGGCGGCUACCACUGCUGCCGCUGCCCAGAAUACUGCACCACCCGCUACAAUUGUUGUUGGCGACGAUGCGCAAUGAAAGUUUCAUAUUGCUCGUGAGCGUUUGUAGCAGACUCUCUGAGCAGACAGUGUGCUUGCUCAGUGUACUAAUCCGUGUGUACCGUGUCAGGUCAUGUCGCUGCCCCCCCCCCCCCCCCCCUACUCCAGACCGAGGGAUCAGUUUUGGCCAUUCUGCACUGCCAUUACUUUCGUGAGCUCACGGGCACGGCAUCCAUGGUGUGCUGUAUGGUAUGUUUCUAGUUCGAACCACUGGUGCUCCUUGCUAUCUUCGCUAUCACGGCUGAUUCGCCAGAUGUCUACUACACUGCUACUUUCCCGCUUGGUGUGCUCCCGCUUGGUGUGCUCCCGCUUGGUGUGCUCCCGCUUGGUGUGCUGUUUGGUGUGCUGUUUGGUGUGCUGUUUGGUGUGCUGUUCCGUUCUUUAGGAUACUAGUAGUCUAGUUUCAGGUGUGGAUAUUUGUCGGGGGUUUUUGAACUUUUUUCUUGUUUCUUUCCUUAGCUGUGAUUUGAUGUGGUGAGCAUUUUACUUUCAACGGGUUUUUUUUAACAUGCCAGCUGUGCUAGCCUGCUCCACUCUGCUUGGUAGUGCACUACUGCUUUCAGCCGGACUGAACAUUCAGUGUACUGCACCAAGGGUCCAUUGUGGACCGUUGACUACA